ACUGGUAAUGUAUCAUAGAAACUGGGAUGAAUACAGUAAAGGGGCAGAAUAUAUGGAUUGUUUAUAUAGAUACCUCAAUACACAGUUUAUUAAAAAGAACAAAUUGACUGAAGCUGAUCUUCAAUAUGGUUAUGGAGGUUUGGAUAUGAGUGAGACAUUGAUGGAGAUUGGAGAGCUAGCACUUGAUAUGUGGAAGAGAUUAAUGAUUGAGCCCUUACAGACUGUCCUCAUUCGAAUGUUGCUCUGCGAAAUUAAAAAACUGGUUCCUGGUAGAGGGGGACGCAUGUCCCGACUACGCAACACACGUGUUUGAAUCGAAGCCACAGCGACC